AGAAACAGAGAUCAGCAGAGCUGAAAGUGAGAGGCACUGAGAAGGGAACGCACACACUAUUAAACACACUCACACUGAGACAAGUGGCCUUUUGUGCACACAUACAGAAAAAAAAACACACUUGUUGAUCAGUCUGACACACAGACUCUUUGCUGGACUUUGGAUUGACCACUUGAUCACCUCAGGACUCUAUUUCCCAUCAUGCACCUAAGGAGCCUCUCAGAGCUCCAGGGGGUCACUGCCCAGCAGGCGAGCUCGACCCCAUGGACUAGCCAGGAUAGAGCUUCAGGAUGGAGCUCCAGAGAGAGGAGAGAUUCCAGCAGCUGCUGCAGUCCACUGAGGAGAGCUCCUCUCUGGGUGUGGCUGCUGCUGGGGGCUUUGGUGGUUCCUGGAGCCUUGAGCUUUCUGAGCGAGGAGCAGGAGGAGCUGCUGGUGGAGCUUCACAACUACUUCAGAGGACAGGUUUCACCCAGCGCCUCGGCCAUGCUGCCUCUGAAGUGGGACACGAACCUGAAGCUAGUCGCAGAGGGCUACGCUGCUAAAUGUGUCUGGAACCACAACCCAGAACUGCUAGAAACUGGAGAGAAUCUGUACGUCGGCACCGGGCCUCUGGACCUCCGAUCGGCCCUGGAGAAAUGGUUCCUGGAACACCUGGACUACGACUUCCAGAACAACAGCUGUGAUGAGGAGAAGAUGUGUGGACACUACACACAGAUGGUGUGGGCAGACACGCACAGAGUGGGCUGUGCCUUUCAUCUCUGUGACACGAUGGAGGGACUGGACUGGGACAGAGUUUCCUUCCUCGUCUGUAACUACUACCCAGCGGGAAACUAUGAAGGAGAGCGGCCGUAUGUUGAAGGAGACUGGUGCUCCAGAUGUCCCGAAAACCUCCAGAAAUGUGAAAACAAUCUCUGUGUUCCCGACACAGUAGAAGAAGAAGAUGAAGAUGAUGAUGAUGUGACAGCGUUCUCCUUCGUGCCAGGAGAAUUUAUUCCUGAUGCAACAACCGAGCCCCUCUACCUUAAAGAGGUUGAUGUUCCUCCUGCAACAUCUGACACCCCUGACAUCCCUGUGCAGCCUCACACCACUGACAGCACUGACAGCAUUCUCAAUAUGUUCACCACCUUCUUCAAGUUGGUCUCUGAAGAUACUCCACCCUCAAGCACCGCUGCCUGGACCACCAAGCCUCCCCCUGCCCCCACAACAAAACCGGUAACACUGAGAAACAAGAUUAGUCACGACACAAAGGAGCGAGAGGAAAAGGAAGAGGAAAAAAGAAAUGAAACUCCAGAUGAGGCUGGGAAAGCUGUGGAGAGAGACUUUAGACCUGUAGUAAAAAAGACCAACAGCGCGGUGCAGACCAGUGCUGCUUCGGUGUCCUCCCCUUCAGUCCUGUUAGCCUGUCUGACUGGGAUCCUGAUUCUCAGGCUGUGAGUAGGAAGAAGAGGAAGUGUCCUCCUCACCUCCCCAUUCUUGCAUUGACUGCACAUGGCCUUGUUAAUCUACCCUGCAGUAACACAGAGUUUCCCCUCUCUCCCUUGUAGAGCAAAAUAGGGCAAUUAAUAAUUCACACUCACCAGAAAACAGCUGCCAUUUUCACCACCUCUGCAUAAAGUCUGGGCUGAGAUUUGGGUCAAAUAAUGUGUGCAUAACCUGCUUCAAGCUGCCCAGAAAACAAAAGUGUCACAGCCAGUAAACGAUGAUUCACUGACAGGAAAUAUGUUUCUUCAGAGCAGUUUGUGAAAUGAUUAAAAAAAACAAAACAAAUAAUUAUCUAUUGAUGAGUGUUCAUGGACGCAAAGUAACACCCAAGAGACGACCGUGUGGUAGACUUCAUUUCUUUCAUUUUUACAUAGGAGUUUUUUAUGCUACUGUUUGGUUCGAUGGUUUCAUUUGUGGUUUGGUAAAUCUUAAUAAUCCACAUGAAUAUGUAGUAUCUGAAAAUAAGGGACAAGAUUUUUGGUGUUAAAGGCGGGUUUCCUGUUAUAGUCCAAAGUUUUACGGAGCAUUCACACAGAACAGUCCCCGUGGAGGUCAAAAGAGUGACUUCAUUUACCAAAAUGUGCUGGAUAACGGUUGAGUAUUGUCUAAUGCCAAUUUAGAUUUUUAAUUUUCAAUUUUCAAAAGUUAGCUGCACGUGUAAAUCUCGACCAAUGGAUGGAAAUGGACGUCUGGGCACAGAUACCUGCUGUCUACACCGGAAACCCUCAAAAUGAGCUGUCGCCCCAAAAGUCCACAGAGUUCCUCGUGGAUUGUUAGAUGAUCCGUAUUACAUUAUUAAAAAUACUGAAACAAGGUAAUCGUGCAUGAGUGGUCACAUUUUCUGCUUAUCCUCAUGAUUAAUGCAAACAUUAGCUGAACUGGAAUUCUACGUAAAACCAUUGCCUGUGGGCUAAAAACAAUGCAGGAUCUUAUUUACUUGUUUUUUUAAAGUACAGAGCAGGAAGUCUUGGCCACAUAUCUGUUAUUCUGUAUCGUUAUAUCCUGGAUGAUCCCUCCCAAAACCCCCAGAUUAAACCAAGAAGCUGGGUUUUCAGGGUAGAUCGGGCUUGGAUUCAAAUAGACUGGUUUCAUAUGUUAACUACACUUAGGUGGUGCCAUUUUCAUGCCAGCUGGUCUUAAAAAAAUACACUAUAUUUCCAAAAGUAUUCAUUCACCAUUCAAAUGAUUGAAUUCAGGUGUUCCAAUCACCUUCAUGUCCACAGGUGUAUAAACCAAGCACCUAGGCAUGCAGGC